GUCCCUAUAAUAGCUGUUUCCCUGUCAGUGAUGGCUCUGCUCCUGAUAGUAGCAUUGGGAGCCUACAGCGCAAAAGAACACAAAACCUCAAAAGAGACCACAGAAGCGGAAGAUGUAACCUACGCAGACGUCUCUGUGCUCCAGCGUCAGGCGCAGCGGAGAGAGCAGGGGGAGGGGGAGGUGAAGUACGGGGCGGUCAGGGUGGCUCCAGGCCUCAGGGUGGUAGACACUUCUCUCUCUGCAUCUGAAGGCCACUUCGUUGAAGUCCUGUUUUGAAAAUACUCAAGUCCUGGACUCCACUGAGACCACACUGAGGUCGAGAUGCUCAACAUGGGGGCUGUGCUGCUGUUACUAAUUGGUGUGUCUGAAGGUGUGAAGACCUUCUGCGACGCCACACAGCCACACAUCACGACCCAGUGCUUUGGCUCUCUGGGAGGAACUGUGGAGGUCCUGCUGCCUACUAUGACCUCACAAGAUGAUAUCUACAAACUGAAGAAAAACAAUUACCUGAUUUUAUCAGACCGCAGCCAGACAACAAACAUUCGAUAUUCAUUUAAUGUCAGUACUGGAAUGUUUGCUAUAAAGGAAUUCAACAGGACAGACAAGGGUACAUACUCGAUAGAAGUUCAUGAUCAGAGUGGAACUGAAAUAUCAAAGACACAGUUUCACAUAUCCAUUCAAGGUGUGAAGACCUUCUGCAACGCCACACAGCCACACAUCACGACCCAGUGCUUUGGCUCUCUGGGAGGAACCGUGGAGGUCCUGCUGCCUACUCACUCCCCACAUGAGCAUUCCUACACACUGAAGAAGAACAAGGUCCCGAUAGUUGAGGGCGAAAUCAAGAUAACAGACCCCCGAUAUUCAUUAAAUGUCAGUACUGGCGUCUUUACCAUAGAGGACCUCAAGAAGACAGACUAUGAUGCAUAUUCAAUUGCAGCACAUAAUGGUGUUGAAAUAGCAACUAAACUUUUAUCCAUUCAGGGUGUGAAGACCUUCUGUGACGCCACACAGCCACACAUCCCGACCCAGUGCUCCGGCUCUCUGGGAGGAACCGUGAAGGUCCAGCUGCCUGCUAAGACCUCACAUGACCAUCGCUACUUGCUGAAGAAAAACAAAGUUCACAUAACAGACAACACUCGCUAUUCAUUUAAUAGCGACACCAAAAUAUUUAUGAUAAUGGACAUCAACGCGUCAGACGGGGGUACAUACUCAAUGGAAGUACUGGAUAAGUAUGAAGCUCAAGUAAAAAAUACCAAAUUUUAUUUAUCACUUCAAGGUGCGGAGACCUUCUGCGACGCCACACAGCCACACAUCACGACCCAGUGCUUUGGCUCUCUGGGAGGAACCGUUGAGGUCCAGCUGUCUAAGACCUCACAAGAUGAUAUCUACAAAUUGAAGAAAAACAAUGUCCCGAUUGUAAAGUACAAAAGUCAGACAAAAAACGUUGAUUAUUCAUUUAACGUCAACACAGGAAUAUUUACCAUAAACGACAUCAACAGGACAGAGGAUGGUACAUAUUCAAUUGAAGCACAUAAUAGAAAUGGAAUUGAUUUAUCAAACAUACAAUUUCAUUUAUCCAUUCAAGCCCCGGUCUCCUCUCCCCUCCUGUCCCGGGAGUGUCUGUCCCGGGGACAGCAGAGGGUGUCCUGCUCUGCCGGGGGGGACGGACUCCACUACAGCUGGAGUCUAGACGGACUCCCGCUGAACGACACGCGUCUCCUCUCCGGACACAGUAGCGGUAGUGACGUCACUCUGGAGCCGGGCCGGUCGGGACUGCUCACCUGCUCGGUCCGCAACAACGUGAGCCACGCCGCGGCUAACAUCACCUUGUCUGUGUGUGACGGUGUGGAGACCUUCUGCAACGCCACACAGCCACACAUCACGACCCAGUGCUUUGGCUCUCUGGGAGGAACCGUGGAGGUCCAGCUGCCUAAGACACAAGACCAUCGCUACGUACUGAAGAAAAACAAUGUCCCGAUCUUAUCAGACCGCAGACAGACAACAAACAUUCGAUAUUCUUUUAAUGUCAGUACUGGAAUGUUUGCUAUAAAGGAAUUCAACAGGACAGACAAAGGUACAUACUCGAUGGAAGUUCAUGAUCAGAAUGGAAAGGAAAUAUCAUUCAACCAAUUUCGCUUAUCCAUUGAAGGUGUGAAGACCUUCUGCAACGCCACACAGCCACACAUCACGACCCAGUGCUUUGGCUCUCUGGGAGGAACCGUGGAGGUCCAGCUGCCUACUCACUCCCCACAUGAGCAUUCCUACACACUGAAGAAGAACAAGGUCCCGAUAGUUGAGGGCGAAAUCAAGAUAACAGACCCCCGAUAUUCAUUAAAUGUCAGUACUGGCGUCUUUACCAUAGAGGACCUCAAGAAGACAGACUAUGAUGCAUAUUCACUGGCAGCACAUAAUGGUGUUGAAAUAGCAACUAAACUUUUAUCCAUUCAGGGUGUGAAGACCUUCUGCAACGCCACACAGCCACACAUCACGACCCAGUGCUUUGGCUCUCUGGGAGGAACCGUGAAGGUCCAGCUGCCUGCUAAGACCUCACAAGAUGAUAUCUACAAACUGAAGAAAGACAAUGUUGUGGUUUUGUCCAAGAGCAGUGAGACAACAAACUUUCGAUAUUCAUUUAAUAUCAGUACUGGAAUAUUUGCUAUAAAGGACAUCGACUGGUCAGACAACGGUACAUACUCUAUGGAACUACACGAUGCAGCUGGAGGGGAAGUAGCAAAUACAAAAUGUAAUUUAACCAUUCAAGGUGUGAAGACCUUCUGCAACGCCACACAGCCACACAUCACGACCCAGUGCAUUGGCUCUCUGGGAGGAACCGUGGAGGUCCAGCUGCCUAAGACCUCACAAGAUGAUGUCUACAGACUGAAGAAAGACAAUUACCGGAUUUUAUCAGACCGCAGUCUGACAACAAACAUUCGAUAUUCUUUUAAUGUCAAUACUGGAAUGUUUGCUAUCAAGGAAUUCAACAGGACAGACAAAGGUACAUACUCGAUGGAAGUUCAUGAUCAGAGUGGAAUGAAAAUAUCAUUCAACCAAUUUCGCUUAACCAUUGAAGGUGUGAAGACCUUCUGCAACGCCACACAGCCACACAUCCCGACCCAGUGCUUUGGCUCUCUGGGAGGAACCGUGGAGGUCCAGCUGCCUACUCACUCCCCACAUGAGCAUUCCUACACACUGAAGAAGAACAAGGUCCCGAUAGUUGAGGGCGAAAUCAAGAUAAAAGACCCCCGAUAUUCAUUCAAUGUCAGUACUGGCGUCUUUACCAUAGAGGACCUCAGGAAGACAGACUAUGAUGCAUAUUCACUUGCAGCACAUAAUGGAGUAGAAAUAGCAACUAAACUUUUAUCCAUUCAGGGUGUGAAGACCAUUUGCAACGCCACACAGUCACACAUCACGACCCAGUGCUUUGGCUCUCUGGGAGGAACCGUUGAGGUCCAGCUGCCUGCUAAGACCUCACAAGACCAUCGCUACGUACUGAAGAAAAACAAAAUUCACAUAGCAGACAACACUCGCAAUUCAUUUAAUAGCAACACCAAAAUAUUCAUGAUAAUGGACAUCAACGGGUUGGACGGGGGUACAUACUCAAUGGAAGUACGGAAUAUGACUGGAACUCGAGUAGCAAAUACCAAUUUUUACUUAUCCAUUCAAGGUGUGAAGACCUUCUGCGACGCCACACAGCCACACCUCACGACCCAGUGCUUUGGCUCUCUGGGAGAAACUGUGGAGGUCCAGCUGCCAACUAAGACCUCACAAAAUUAUAUCUACAAACUGAAGAAAAACAAUGUCCCGAUUGUAAAGUACAAAAGUGAGACAAAAAACGUUGAUUAUUCAUUUAACGUCAACACAGGAAUAUUUACCAUAAACGACAUCAACAGGACAGAGGAUGGUACAUAUUCAAUUGAAGCACAUAAUAGAAAUGGAGUUGAUUUAUCAAACACACAAUUUCAUUUAUCCAUUGAAGCCCCGGUCUCCUCCCCCCUCCUGUCCCGGGAGUGUCUGUCCCGGGGACAGCAGAGGGUGUCCUGCUCUGCCGGGGGGGACGGACUCCACUACAGCUGGAGUCUAGACGGACUCCCGCUGAACGACACGCGACUCCUCUCCGGACCCAGUGGCGCUAGUGACGUCACUCUGGAGCCGGGCCGGUCGGGACUGCUCACCUGCUCGGUCCGCAACAACGUGAGCCACGCCGCGGCUAACAUCACCUUGUCUGUGUGUGACGGUGUGAAGACCUUCUGCGACGCCACACAGCCACACAUCACGACCCAGUGCUUUGGCUCUCUGGGAGGAACCGUGGAGGUCCAGCUGCCUAAGUCCUCACAAAGUAGUAUCUACAAACUGAAGAAAAAGGAUGUCCCGAUUUUAUCAGACCGCAGUCCGACAACAAACAUUCGAUAUUCUUUUAAUGUCAGUACUGGAAUGUUUGCUAUAAAGGAAUUCAACAGGACAGACAAGGGUACAUACUGGAUGGAAGUUCAUGAUCAGAAUGGAAAGGAAAUAUCAUUCAACCUAUUUCGCUUAUCCAUUGAAGGUGUGAAGACCUUCUGCAACGCCACACAGCCACACAUCCCGACCCAGUGCUUUGGCUCUCUGGGAGGAACCGUGGAGGUCCUGCUGCCUACUCACUCCCCACAUGAGCAUUCCUACACACUGAAGAAGAACAAGGUCCCGAUAGUUGAGGGCGAAAUCAAGAUAACAGACCCCCGAUAUUCAUUUAAUGUCAGUACUGGCGUCUUUACCAUAGAGGGACUCAAGAAGACAGACUAUGAAGUAUAUUCAAUUGCAGCACAUAAUGGAGUUGAAAUAGAAACUAAACUUUUAUCCAUUCAAGGUGUGAAGACCUUCUGCAACGCCACACAGACACACAUCACGACCCAGUGCUUUGGCUCUCUGGGAGGAACCGUGAAGGUCCAGCUGCCUAUUAAGACCUCACAACACCAUCGCUACGUACUGAAGAAAAACAAAGUUACAAUACCAGACAACACUCGCCAUUCAUUUAGUAGCGACACCAAAAUAUUUACGAUAACGGACAUUAAUCGGUCAGACAUGGAUACAUACUUCAUGGAAGAACGGAAUGAGAACGGGGUUCCAGUAGCAAAUACCAGUUUUUAUUUAUCCAUUCAUGGUGUGAAGGGCUUCUGCAGCACCCCACAGCGGCCACACAUCACGACCCAGUGCUUUGGCUCUCUGGGAGGAACCGUGGAGGUCCAGCUGCCUAAGACCUCACAAGAUGAUAUCUACAAACUGAAGAAAAACAAUGUCCCGAUUGUAGAGUACAAAACCCCGGUCUCCUCUCCCCUCCUGUCCCGGGAGUGUCUGUCCCGGGGACAGCAGAGGGUGUCCUGCUCUGCCGGGGGGGACGGACUCCACUACAGCUGGAGUCUAGACGGACUCCCGCUGAACGACCCGCGUCUCCUCUCCGGACCCGGUAGCGCUAGUGACGUCACUCUGGAGCCGGGCCGGUCGGGACUGCUCACCUGCUCGGUCCGCAACAACGUGAGCCACGCCGCGGCUAACAUCACCUUGUCUGUGUGUGACGCCCCGGUCUCCUCUCCCCUCCUGUCCCGGGAGUGUCUGUCCCGGGGACAGCAGAGGGUGUCCUGCUCUGCCGGGGGGGACGGACUCCACUACAGCUGGAGUCUAGACGGACUCCCGCUGAACGACCCGCGUCUCCUCUCCGGACCCGGUAGCGCUAGUGACGUCACUCUGGAGCCGGGGCGGACGGGACUGGUCACCUGCUCGGUCCGCAACAACGUGAGCCACGCCGCGGCUAAUAUCACCUUGACUGUGUGUGACGGGUUCAUAUAUGUAAACUGUACAUCUAAUGGAACACAUAUAUCACAGUGGGUGCACAGAGACAACGUUACCUUAUGCCCUGAGACAGCUGAUGGACAAGACUUCAAAAAAAUGGGGCUCGUCCCUAUAAUCGCUGGUUCCCUGUCAGUGAUGGCUCUGCUCCUGAUAGUAGCAUUGGGAGUCUACUGCGCAAAAAAACACAAAACCUCAAAAGACACCACGGAAGCGGAAGAUGUAAUCUACGCAGACGUCACUGUGCUCCAGCGUCGGGGGCAGCGGAGAGAGCAGGGGGAGGGGGAGGUGGAGUACGCAGCUGUCAGGGUGGCUCCAGGCCCAAGGCGGACGCUGGAGACCAAUGUGGACGAGUGUGUGUACGCUCAGCCCCGGAGGAAGAGGCCCUGAGAGCUGUCAACACCCAGAAGGACGCGUAGACAGCGCUUUAGCCAGAGGGCCAGCAGCCUGUUGACCUUUGACCUGCCAGGGACACUUCUCUCUCUGCAUCUGAUAAUGGCAAGAUCUUUUUCAUUAUUAAUUAACUUUUUCCUCUCUUGUUGUUUUCCCUAGUGGUCGCUAUUAGAAAUAGAAUGUUAUACUGUUCUGCACGUUUAACUUUUGUAUUAUUAUACCUGUAUGUAUCAUGCUAUUCUGCUUGUUGACGUAUUCUAUUAUUAUACCUCUUAUAUUUAUUAUACUAUUCUAAAUGCUUAACUAUGCUCUUUAUUUUGCACGUGAGCCUAAUUAUGAUAUCAAAUAACCAGCUAUCUAUCAACUGCUUCUUGGCAAAUGUAAUAUAAUCAUCUAUAAUUAUUUGGUUGUAAUUAAAACAUUUAAAUAAAAAAAAUAUUCACCUAC